CCGCCGGAUUAACAGCAACGAUGGGCAACUGUCAACCUACAGUGUUUCCCUAUGAGGAUUUUGAUGUGGUUGCAGACAUCAAGGCCAUCCGCAAAGCCUGCAAAGGGUUAGGGACUGACGAGCAGGCCAUCAUGGACAUCCUGGCAAACCGCAGCUCUUCGCAGCGUCAGGAUAUCAAAGCAGCUUAUUUUGAAAAGUAUGAUGAUGAGCUGGUGGAUGUGUUGAAGAAGGAACUGUCGGGGAACUUCGAGAACGCCAUCCUCGCCUUGCUCGACCCGCCAGUCGUCUACGCCGUGAAGGAGCUCAGGAAGGCCAUGAAAGGACCAGGAACUGAUGAGGACGUCCUGGUUGAAAUCCUUUGCACAGCCACCAACGAUGACAUUGCUAUGUUCAAGGAAUGCUACUUUCAGGUUCAUGAACGUGAUCUGGAAGCUGAUAUAGAAGGCGAUACGAGUGGGGACGUUAGAAACCUUCUCACAGCUCUGCUGCAGGGAAACAGAGAUGAAAGUUACGAGGUGGACGAGGACCUGGCGGAGCAAGAUGCAACUGCCCUGUUUGAGGCUGGUGAGGGUCGCUUUGGGACGGAUGAAUCCACCUUCAGCUACAUCCUGGCCACUAAAAAUUACCUGCAGCUCCAGGUCAUCUUUAAGAUAUACGAGCAGCUUUCUGGAACUGAAAUCCUGGAUGCUAUUGAGAACGAAACAGCUGGGACACUGAAAAAAUGCUACACUGCACUUGUGAGAGUCGCUAAAAACCCGCAGCUGUACUUCGCCAGGCGUCUGAACGAUGCCAUGAAAGGAGCGGGAACCGACGAAGACACUCUGAUCCGAAUCAUCGUGUGCCGCUCCGAGUUCGACUUGGAGACCAUCAAAGACAUGUACCUGGAAAAGUACGACGUGUCUCUGAAGGACGCCAUACGGGACGAGUGCAGCGGUGACUUCAAGCGUCUCCUGCUGGCUCUCUGCCACUAGAAGCUGGAGAAGGUUUCUGUCUAACUAACUAACUACACUCAGUCCCCUUAAGGCAUUAUGUGGGCAGCAAGAGGGGGCUGACGUGAUGAGUAAAUUACAUGUUCCAUGUGUAGCUCAUUUUUUAUGCAUUAUAAAGGCUAAAGUGUAUGAAACUCGUCAAAGUUUUAAUCCUAAUUCUGAUAGGCUUCACCAGCGUUUAUUAAGAUCAUAGAUCUCUUUACUUUAGGAAAAGCACCAAGAUUUCUUUGUUCCAGCUAACCAAAAUACACUGUUUUAAUGGGUGAUGUGAUCAAAUGAUUUAAAGCUUUAUAAGAUAAAAUUAUAAAUGUCAGCCAUGUUUUAUCCUCCGUAUGUCCUCACUACAUUUAUCCAUCUGUUACAAUAUCUUGAUAAAGAACAGUUACUUUUUAAAAAAUAAUUCAUUAUUAGCAUUUUCACCCCCUGCGCCACAAUCUCCUGUUACCCUACACUGCUGCUACGAUUCAUGCAAUCACUCCAUUUGCCUUGAAGUCUCUGUGCUUUAAUGAAGAAAUGUCAACAUUUGUAUUGAAGAACAGUUAAUGAAGGAGUAUUACGAAGAAUAUGCAAUGAAUUUACUUCCUGAAGUGUUUUCACAAACGAUUCCUGAGAGUUUAUAUUUUUAUCAGUUGUAGAAAGAUUGAUUUAUAUUAUGUUUUAUGGUUUUAUCCUGCUCAUCCAGAAUGCUUUGACAAAUCCAUCUACACCUUACCUUAUAUACUUAUUUUGUAUUUUAUUACUAACCGAGGACAAAGUUAAUAUAUAACAUUGUAGGGC